UAUUUCACUCUAGCAAAAUCUCAAAUCCUAACCCAUCAAGUCAUUUCUAUUUAUUAGUACAAAACCGGUCUACAAUAUUAUUACACAAAUUCAGGAAGGAAUUUCAAUCUUACAAAUUCAACAAAGCUAAAGACCAACUAAAAAGUGUCUUGUUGUUUCAAGGACUUGUAUUUACUACGCUUUGUUGUUGUAGAAAUGGAGAUGUCUGGUCAUAGCUUGAGAACCGAUACGCAAAGCCGGCGUUCGGUAAAAUCUCAUCAAAGCAAAAUGCAUGUUUUAGAAUAUACUGCGCCGCAGGAUUUGGACGUUGUGGCUAUUAUAUACAAGUUCUAUUUAGAGGACUUCCGCAACUUCACAGACGAGGAGCGACAAACGCGAUUGGCCAGUUUGGAUGCCCUGGACAUGCUGCGAACCAUCGAACAAGUGCACAAUGAUGUGGCUACUCUGAGGUUGGAGAAUCACAUCAUGGUCGAGUUCCUCGAGAAGAACGAUCCAAAGUUAUUGUUGGGAUUAAGGCAGCGUCGAACUUCGAUUCUCAGAAAGUUGCAAACAAAAAGGGGAUCCCAACAGGGAAGUCAUGGCGUGAGUAGCCGGCACUCGAGCUCCAAGCGCUCCAUACCCAUGUCGGUGAAUCAGCUGGUCUCGAUAAGCGGCAUUGGAGCCCCUGAGAAGCGACGCGGGAUCGACUACAAGCUGAACUUCAAGGCCAAGGCUGAAAUGGCCGAGAAACGAGCAGCAGAGGUGGAGAAGCGGGUCGCGGAUAUAGAAAGGAAUGCUAUGACCGAAGUGAAACAGCUAAGAGCCAAGAUUGAGGAGCUGCGCUUCCGAAGUGAGGAAACCAUUGAGACGGAAAACAACUUUAUGCUUCACUUCCUCCGAGAUGAGAACGAUGUGGCCUUUUUGGAGUCCGCCACCGAGCGGCAGAUUGAACGCAAGUUGCGCAAGUUUACCACAAAUUGGUUUAAAAAUGCUCGAGCUCUAUUGGGAACUAUGAAAUUGACCAUAGUUUCUCUACAAGAAACAUGCCAGCAGCAUCGGGCGGACCUGAUAACCAAAUCAGAUCUCAGUGGUAUCUUGACGGCGGUGGAUUUUGAAAAGCUGAUUAUCAAGAGAACCGAACUGGUUAAUCAGUUGGAGGAAAAGAAUAUCCACAUGGCGGGACUCAAAGGAGUCACAGGCAAAACAUCUUUGGCCAUGACAGAGGAAAAGCAGGCCAUGAUGAACUUAGAGACUGAAAUGCGCACCGUUUUAAACAGGACCGAAGAAGUCACACGAGCCAUACAGAAGCUUGAGAAGGAGGUGGCUGCCGUUCAAAUGCAUAACACCAAAGACUAUGUGACCUUGGACGAGUUGAAGGCACAACUCCAGGAGUACGAGGCCCCUAGUGUAAGCGAAUAUAUCGAGCGGAAGGAGGAGGCUCACGUCCUUGAAAAGGAGGAGAAGAUGCUGCAGCGCAAGAUUUAUAUCCUCAACAUGAAGCUCAACAAUGCCAUUCGCCGGCGAAACCGACUCGAUGACAAUUAGGUGGUAUAGCAUCGGUAUACCAUUGCCUUCAAGCCAAAAAUAAACCAUAUAUUUAAAUUCA